AUCCCCGACGCGUCAAUAUUCUUGACUACCAGCACUGGAUGUUGUUCAGCCUUCAUGUGGGAUGGCAUCGAGCUCAGAUAUGGCGUCCAUUGCGAUAAGCGCUAUAGGCCUUCUCUUAAUCGCAGGCUGCAGUGUUCCUGCAUCACUGCAGAUUGUGUGGAGAUUUAUGCACGGCAAAACGACAACACCAUCUCUAUACGCUCUCGACAAACCUGGCUAUGAGGAUGAAGAUGGGGAAGCUACCGACGGGACCUUGGAGGAAUUCUCAGAUCUCUGGCAGGGAUUUGCUAUAGCGGUACUAUCAGUCAUCGGGCUGGGCAUAUCGUUGGCACAGGCUAUUCUUCCAAUUACCACCGGUCAACAUGAGUUUGUGGUUCCCUUCUGGCUGCAGAUGGGGGGUUGGGGAAUCCUUUGUCUACAAACAGUCGGCUUUUUCGUUGAACCAGCACCUACGAAGCGAUACAUAUUAGGAGUAUAUGGGUUUGGGGCCGGCACAGUCGCCGCAAUCAUCCCCUGUUUGGAGGCUGCACUGUCUUGGCACGCUGGAUACGACCUGAACUAUGCGUCGCUAGGGUUAACAAUAGGGCAAGUUGGGAUUGCCUGUAUCAGGGCCUUCUUUUGCAUUCUCAUUCCCCGACGUCCAGACGUGCGCUAUGAUGGCCAGGUGGUCGACCGAGAACGUACCGUGAGUGCUUUGGAACGGCUCACCUUCAGCUGGGUCAAUGGUCUUUUGAACUAUACCAUGGCGAACAAGGGCUUGGACAUUGAUGACCUUCCGAAACUGCCAUUUACUGCCCGUUCGCAAACCCUUCAUACACGUCUUGAGCAGACCCAAGGCUCACGAGAGCUAUGGAAAUCACUUGUGCUGGCCCACAAGAACUCACUUAUCAUUCAAGCAGCACUGAGCAUUGUCGCGUGCGCGCUAAGUUUCGGUCCGCAGGUGGCUAUGUACGGAAUAUUGAAAGCUCUCGAGGGCCGCUCUUCAAUUGCCCAGGAGGUGGAUCAGGCGUGGGUCUGGGUAUUCGGACUGGCAGCAGUACUCAUUCUCGCCUCCAGCAUCGAAUCGUGGCUCUGGUGGAUCAUUUAUGCGAAGCUCUGGAUUCCGAUAUAUGAGGGGCUUUCAGCCCUCGUGUUUGCCAAAUCAAUGCGCUGCAAGGACAUAAAGCAGGUGGUAUUUAACGAGCCCGAAGGAGAGGAUCAUGACUGUGAGGACGAAGAAGAGGAGAAUAAAGGCAACAGCCAGAGUACCAUUAACCUCGCCUCGGUUGACUCGAAACGGAUUGCGGACUUCGUCAUGUUCAACUAUUUAAUACCCUCGUGUGUGAUUCGACUACUCAUCGGAGCUGCCUUCCUAGUCCAUCUCAUCGGAUGGCCAAGCCUGCUGGCAGGUGUCGCCACAGCCCUUUUGGUGGCUCCUAUAAACGCUUAUCUGACGAAAAACUAUGCCGCAGCACAAGAGGAUUACAUGAAGGCAAGCGACAAACGGAUGGGGGCUGUAGCCGAGGUUCUACAGGGCAUCCGCCAGAUCAAGUUUGCAGCGUUGGAACAGCAAUGGCAGGACCGCAUUACGGAGAAGCGCCGCGUCGAACUAGGGCUCCUGUGGAAGACGUCACUAUACACUAUUGGCAUGGUUUCUGUGUGGAUUAUGGGGCCUUUGAUGUUGUCUGCAGUUUCCCUGACUGUGUAUGCCCUGACCCACGGGGAGUUGUCGGCCUCCGUGGCGUUUACAGCUCUUUCAGUAUUCGGCUCUCUAGAGUCCGCGAUGGCAAGCUUGCCUGACUUGCUGUCAAAAGGGAUGGAGGCCAAGAUUAGCGCGGAUCGGAUCGAUCGGUAUUUAAAUUCGGCUGAAAAGACACCUCAUACAUCUGACGUCGACGAGAUCUCCUUUCACAAUGCCACGAUUGCAUGGCCAGGAGAGGAGGAUGAAGAAAGUGGGAUGGAAUGUGCCACGGACCAGCGCUUUGUUCUCCGGGAUCUCACCCUACAAUUCCCUCCUAAGAAGCUAAGUGUGAUUUCCGGGAAGACUGGGUCAGGAAAGAGUCUCCUGUUGGCCUCGAUCUUAGGAGAAUGCGAUGUCUUGGCUGGGACCGUCGCAGUGCCACAUGCUCCUUCUCCGGGGGUAAGAUACGAUGAGAGAGCCACACGCCACAAUUGGAUCAUCGAUUCAGCUGUGGCAUAUGUAGCUCAGAACCCCUGGCUGGAGAAUGCCACGAUCAAGGACAACAUUCUGUUUGGCCUUCCGUAUGACCGGUAUCGAUACCGCAAAGUACUUUUUGCGGCGGGUUUGAAGAAAGACAUCACAAUGCUGCCAGACGCUGAUCUGACUGAUAUCGGCGCAAACGGGAUCAAUCUGAGCGGUGGUCAGCGCUGGCGCAUUUCCUUUGCGCGUGCACUGUAUUCGCGGGCUGGUAUCCUAGUUAUGGAUGAUAUAUUCAGCGCACUUGACGCUGAAACUGGGCGUCAUGUUUAUGAGCAUGCUCUAACCGGAAAGCUCGGCCAAAAUAGGACCAGGAUCCUGGUCACACAUCAUCUUGGAUUGUGUCUGUCUCGCACAGAGUACUGCGUCCUCCUCUCAGAUGGGCUUAUGGUGCAUGCCGGAACUGUCGAUGAACUAGCGGCCACCCACAACCUGCUAGACCUGUUAGGACAGACAGCUGAUCCAGCAGACAUCCAUAAGGGAGACAUGGUAGAGGAGGAUUUUGCAACGCCAAUGAAGCGUGUCUCCACUGGGUCCGGCUUUUCAGUAGCAACCAGUGUCAUGGAGCCACCGAGGAAGUUUACUGAAGACGAGAAGCGUGAGAAGGGAGCUGUGUCCUUGGAAGUAUAUACGACAUAUGUGACCAAAGGAAAGUGUCUGCGCUUGUGGGUGCUGACCUUGCUGGCCUAUGCCAUUUUCAUGGCGCUUAUCGUUGGCCGAUCUUGGUGGGUAAGCGUAUGGACGGGCUCUUCGACUUCUUCGUCCCAGCCGGCAGACUCAGAAACGAUCUCGAAAAAUGCGGUGAACCAGAUUGGCAUGCAAUUUGUCGACAAAGAUUUGAUGUUCUAUCUCAGCAUCUAUGUGUGCUUUUCGGUGGCCGCAUGUGUCGUAGGGACGUUGAGGACUCUGGUUCUUGCCCUUGCUUCCGUCGAGUCUUCACGGCAACUGUUCAAUGACUUGUUGGUAGCUGUGCUGCGGUCUCCGCUGCGAUGGCUAGACACUGUGCCUCUUGGCCGGAUCCUUAACCGAUUCACAUCUGACAUGUAUAUUCUGGAUUGGAGACUCGGUUAUGAUAUUGGGCACUUUGUAUACAAGGUGUUGGAGCUUGUCGGGAUAUUAGCAGCAGGUGUAUUGGUCUCCCCGGCGCUGCUGGUGUUUGCCUGUAUCCUUCUGGUGUUGUGCCUCCAGCUGUCCAAGGUUUAUUUGACCGGAAUGCGCGAAAUCAAGCGACUCGAAAGCACCGCCAAGAGCCCUGUCCUCGAGCGGUUUGGUUCCAGCCUAGUCGGACUCACUACCAUUCGAGCCUUCAACAAGGCUGAGGUCUAUAUCCAAGAUAUGUACAGGCGUCUCGAUCGCCAUGCACAAGCGGCGUGGUACCUGUGGCUUUUGGAUCGCUGGCUAGCAUUUCGGAUGAGUAUCGCGGGCGCCGUGCUCUCUGCAAUGACCGCGGCCUUGGUGGUAUACGUGCCCAGCAUCUCUCCGGCUUUGGCAGGCUUCGCAAUGACCUUUGCCUUGCAGUACAACUAUGCCGUGUCGAUGGGUCUGCGUUUCUAUGCCAAUGUGGAGACGGAUAUGAAUGCCACUGAGCGAGUGCUCGAGUACUCUGCCAUCGAGACCGAGGAGCAAGGGGGACAUAACCCCCCGGCAGCGUGGCCGACGCGCGGGAAGGUCGAAGUCGAGGAUUUGGUCGUGGGCUACGCACCCGAUCUGCCGCCCGUAGUUGACGGGCUCAGCUUUACCAUGGAGAAUAACCAACGGGUGGGCGUGGUGGGCCGCACUGGGGCUGGGAAAUCCUCACUCACCCUGGCAUUGUUCCGCUUCCUCGAGGCCCGACAGGGCCGCAUCCUGAUUGACGGUUUGGACAUUUCGCAGAUCAAGCUCCAAGUCCUACGCAGCCGCCUUGCUAUCAUACCGCAAGACCCGGUGCUAUUUUCCGGGACCCUGCGAUCUAAUUUGGACCCUUUUCACGAGUAUACCGACCUAGAGCUCUACAACGCCCUGGAAAGGGUACAUCUGAUUUCGUUCGAGGAUACAUUGACAUUGGCAUCACAACCGGGGAGCGAGCAACUCAGCGAUAGUAGUACCUUGCCAUCAUCGUCCUCGUCUGCCUCCUCGACUAUGGAGCCGGGAAAAUCCAUCAACUUUUUCGCGUCCCUGUCCUCGGUCAUAUCCCAAGGUGGACUCAAUCUGUCGCAAGGGCAACGGCAACUUCUUUGCCUGGCGCGAGCCAUAGUCUCGCAGCCCAAGAUCAUGAUCCUGGAUGAGGCCACCUCGGCCGUAGACAUGGAGACAGAAACCUUGAUUCAGCGGUCUAUCCGGGAAGAGUUUGGACGCAAUGCCACGUCGCUGCUGGUGAUUGCCCACCGGCUCAGUACGGUUGCGGACUUUGAUCGGAUCCUCGUGAUGGAUGCUGGCAAGGCCGUGGAGUUUGGCACACCACAGGAGCUGCUCGGCAUCGAGGGAGGCGUGUUUCGAAAUCUGGUGGAAAACAGCGGCGAGAGAGCCCAUCUGGAGAGGGUUAUUAGGGGAGAUGGGGAGAACGACUCUUAAGUCAUGAGGUUUGUUUGCUGAGCACGGCGUUGGAUGGAUUUCGUGUAUACUAUUUACCGGUACAGUGUAGGUAGAUCUUCUUGCAGAGCGAGCUUGAUCCCGGGGAUACUGUACGAGAGUGAUUAUAGAGCUAUGAGCGACCCAGAAUGUAAUUGCGAUGUUCUUAAGAAAUGGCCUGGUAUGGUAUUCCCGUAAUUACCAAACCAUACCGUCGAUCCGGACCGUUGGCGGCGACCCGAUUGGGGCAAGCGCG